GAUAAAAGCUUUUGUGAGCGAGAAAUCUGCGGCCAAGAGCCAGAACAACUUUCAUAGCAAACCGUAGGAAGGCAAUAUGGAGUAGGUAGUGUGAAAUGCACAGGGCUCUCGAAAGAAAUUCACGUGAUUAUAGGAAGCUUACACCGAUUGAAUUCAUUACAAAACAAGCGUUACUGUUAUAAAAACGUGGUUAUCUGUUUAUUUCUCGACAUUUAUAUAUUAAUAUAUGAAUAUGAAUAACUCGAUGGAGAACAGCGAAGAUCCUUUCGCGGACAUUUGGAUCUCCAACUGGGAACGUCAAUGUGAGGUUGAACUUGAAAAUGAACCCGACCUUGAUCAAGCCGUAUUGUCUGAACGGGAUUUAUCGACACAGAAGCUUUGGUAUCUCUUUCAGAAUUCUGCCACAUCCGUAGCACAGUUGUUUAAAGAUCGUAACCAGCCCCAAGUCCUCUGGUUGCCUUUCCAAACUGCAGCUGGCACAAUUACUUCAUUGUACAAAGAAUCGACAGAGGCCUUGAGACGUAGCUCCGAACUUGGAGUCCAGGCCGGUUAUCAGCGAAGGACUAGAGAAAUGUUAGCUUGGGCAAAAAAGCGUCGUCGACACAUCAGAAGAGAGGAAUUGAUUGGAUUCUUGACCGGAAAAAGUUUGCCCGGUUCAGGAGCAACGCAACCUCGUCACCAAAUGCGGAUGGGCCCGCGUCAACGAGUCUCAUUGUCAGAUGGCGUCUCUGCAUCGCAUCACGGCGCUUCUGCCCUGCAACAUCCACUGGAAGCAUCUGCCGGAGACUUUGAACCGGCCCUACAAGCCUUCCGUGAAGCCCUCAGCUUGCCCUUGCCCUCAUCGGCCUCUAGCAACACCAAUAGCGCUUCGACGGCCAAGAGCAACGGAAGACGAGGAAGUCCCGUUCAUAACCAUAGCGAGCUGAGCGCUUUUAUCAGCAACGAGUCGGCUCGCCACAAGCGACCUGCACCCGCUAGCCCAACCCACGACGUCAUCAUGGACUCGCCCACUCAUAAGCGCUCGAGACUGAUGUAAACAAACGCGAGCUAUUGGAAACCAAGCGAACCAUUAGCUAAAAGAUUUUUUUUUUUUUCAUCUAAUGUUAACCUACCGUUUACUAAAUCCUUACCUCAUAUUUUUGUUUUGUUUAUUUUUUCGCUUCGGUGCGCCUUUUUUUUUCUUCUAUCCUUCCUUGAAAAUUUACUUUCAACCCCAAUUGCUCUUUUUGUGUUCAUUUCGAGCUCGUUUUGCAAAAAGGAAGAAAUCUGAACCUCUUAGCACCGAGGCUGCUGCUACUACACAAACACAAAACAAAA